UAUAAGCAGCACAGCCCCAAGCCCCAAGCAGUAACGUGAGCCCUGCAGACAUUAGAUUUCUGUGUUGCUGUUCAUUGAUUGAGUUGUCAAGGCUUCUGGUUUGGAGCUCUGUUUUCUGCUUGAAGAAUGACGGAUAGUAACGUGGUGUACCCGUCCGUGUUUGUUGUAGACGGGAAAGCAAAUUUCCCGCUGGAGCAAAGGAGACGGCGCCAUGGCAACGCGGCGCAAUGGCUGCUCUUCAUGCUUGUGUUCCUGGCUCUCUCCGGAGUGGGAAUUCUGGGAUACUUUAUCUGGGACUUGGAGAGGAGAACAGUAGCCAUCUCUGACACAGCUUCCAGCAACACUGAGAAAAUGAUUGGGAUUCAAGAUAAAAAAGAACCGGGAAAGCCUUCCGCUCACAUCACAGGGUGUAACUGCAGUACCUCUGGCGAUGGUCCACUGCACUGGGAAGCUAAGAAUGGAGACGCCUUCACUUUCGAUAUUGACUACAAGGAUGGAGCCCUGGUUAUCAGAAAGGAGGGCCACUACUUCAUCUAUUCCAAAGUCUUUUACGGACAAAUUGAGUGCCAGGGGAAAAAACGCAUGUUCAAGCACUACGUCAAUAAGAUGACUGAAAGAUAUUCAGGAGAACUGGGGCUGAUGGAGAACAGGAAGUUCUUCUGCAGCAGCUCCCAGGAUUCCUUGUUGGGUAACAGUUUCCUGGGAGGGGUUUUCCACCUACUGGAAGGCGACCAGAUCUUCGUGAAGGUGAACGAAAAGAGUCUCAUCCGAUUGCAGGGGAGCACUGAAAAUUUCUUUGGAGCCUAUCUGAUUUAACCCCCUCCCCCUCUCUCCUCCCCCCACAGCGCUGGUACAGUACCUUCUCAUACUGACUUGCCAUGUAUUCCUCUUGUCUUUUGCUUUCUCGUUUCAAAGAGAAGCCGGUAAAGCUCUGGGCAUCAGAGGAUAUCACAGGGACCUUUGUAAGCGCCAGGCAGAAGCCUGCAAGAUCCAAUUUGACGUUAAAAAAAGGAUCAGGGCCAUUAAAGGCUCUCCUGUAAAGAUGACUGUAAUCUGAUGUUACAUCUAAGUAGGAGUGAAGGUUUUGACUGGCGAUAGUUACUGUAUGCUGUGUCUAUUCACACGUGGUAAGGAACUUAUCCCCUGUAUGCCUUGUGCCUCUUCAUGAAACUGGGAUCUUAGUCCAAAUGAGUCUAGUCGAUACGUACAUUAAGUGCACAUCCUAUAAGUUAGCAAUUAAAUGAACAUAGGGAGCUAAGCUACAAUGAAUUAUAUAAAACAGGGUUUACAUUUCAAGAUGAGGGAACACGGAGCCACUUUGAGGCUUGGAACUUGGUUUCAGGAGACUAGGUUUCAGGACACUGCGCGGCACACCAGGGGAGACUUGGGGUUUGAUACACAAUCUCAAACUAGGUCUCCUGGAGUUAGGUUUCAAGUCGCUGUUCCUGAAAAAGUGGCUUUGUUUUCCCUCAGAGUAGAAAUCAUUUCUACCUGUGUAUCCCGUAAAAUUCAGAUAAAUUUUUCUAACAUUUUGAAGAUUCUACCAAGUUGCAACCAGUGUUUAAAUCAUAUUUUAAAGCAGCUUUUGUACAGAAAAUAAUGACCUUUGGUGAACCAUCCUCCCGGGACGGCUUUCAGUCAAACUAGCUCAAAUGAAGUCAUUUUAUUUAAAUUAUAAUUAAGCCUGUUAUCCUACAAUCAUAAUUCUAUUAGCAAUUUUUCUUUUUUUCCUUCUAUUUAUUUUUUCUUUAGCAGAAUAGUUAUAUCUCUGCAUUUAGGAUCUAUUUAUCUAUACAAAAUGAACAUUGUGUGUACAGGGGUUAGCUGUUUUAAGAAAAUAGUCACGCUUUAUGACAACAAGACAACAAAAUAAUCUCAGCUGAAACUCGGUUUAAAAAAAAUUAAGAAAUAAGAACUAAACGGCAUUUACAUUGAUAACUAGAGAGGUAAUGUUCAGGGAGAUCAAAUGAUCAGAAAAGAAGGUUUUAAAAAACAUCUCUGUCCUCCGGAUAAAUGCUAGUCCACAGCACAGGGGCCACUGAGGACUGCAAUGUUUCUUCAUUCGUAACAUUGUAAUUCCUUGAACUGUUUGUUUCUGAUGGGUCCAGAUUCACUCACUUUGACAAGUAAGCUACUUAAAGUGCUCCAGUCAAUCAAAAAAAAAAAAAAUUUAAGUUUUUAAAUUGUGGCCUUUUAGUAAUGAAUCCCUUAUAUGCUUUCACUGUGCUUUAUUACACUUUGCUAUGAUUUUACUAUGGGGAACUUAUAUAAGGGAAUAGGUAGACCGACCUUCGUGCUGUACAUUUCAAACAGAUUCACUCUGGUUAGAGCUAAGCCACACAUGCCCCACAAUGAGGCUUGUCAGCUCGGUUCAUUCUCAACAAGUUCUCAAGCAAGCGGAGAUCUGGUUUUGUACUUGCCUUGAAUGUUUAAACUUGUGUAACCUGAUAUUCAGGCCAUUUAUAGUGUUGUUAUUACAUGUAUUAUUAUUAUUAUUAUUAUUAUUAUAAAUAUAUAUUUUUAUUAUUAAUAUUAUUAUUGAUAUGUUUGUAUUUUCUUUUUUUUUUAUUUAGAAACGAUACUCUUUAGCGUCUUUAUUUGAGUGAUGACAUAGAGCUCAUUUAAAAGUGUUUGCACUGAAAUGGAGUUUUUCUCAUUGGUAAUGACAUACUGAUGCUGUUACUGAUAUGAAUCAAAAUACAGGUACAUUAACAGACACAUGGUUACACUGCACUUAGUUUUGACUGGUAUUUUCUACAUGAUAAAAGCCACAGAAUUCUGUGAUAGUGAGGCUGGAACUCCACACAUUAAUAAAACACAUUAAACAAAGCUGUUUUCCAGAUCAUAUAAUUUUGUUGUAGUUAAAAAAUAUGGCAGAACUGCAGCUACAGUGUAGUUAAGUGUACCUGUGUUUUGAAGUGUAUCCUAAUGAUUAUCAGAAGAAAUCGAUUUUAUAAACAGCCCCAAAUACUAUACAGCUACAGCCAAAAGUUUAGCAUCACCCUGUAGAAUGAACACAUUGUGCUUCAUAAAGUCGAAUGAAACCUGCUGAAUAAUGUUACCUUAACAUAUUGAAUUACAUACCUCUGUGUGGUUUUCCAUAUGAUGUUAAAUAAAAUAUCUAAAUUAUACUCAUAUAUUAUUACUAUUUUAUUACUAAAAUUCUAGGUGAUGCAAAACCUUUGGCCAGAGCUGUAGAUAAUGGAGGUUUUAGUGUAAUACAAGGAACGGCAAACUACAAAGAAGUAAAAAAAAACCCUUCAAUUGCAUGUGCUGACUCUCAUAUAGAGAAUCUCUUGAGCACGGACUCAUUCAAUGUAUACUGUAGAGCGCAGCUUUGUGAAGCGAUGUGCAGUCUGAUUGUAACACAGACUGUGUGGAUACUGGCUUCUAGUUUCAAUAAAUUGUGUUUUGUAAAAUAAAGAAAUAAAGAU